AGGCUUUCGUUUGCGAAAAAAUCUGUGUUUUUUUCAAAACCUCCGCACAACUAGACGUUAUCAGCAUUCGCUGUGAAUUUAUAACAUUGCCAUCAAGCCACAUACUGAGACGACGUCAUUUACAUUUUCUCCACUAGGAAUACAGCUGAGUACAACGACAGCAAUCAAGUAAGUUGAAUUUAGUCGCGACCUUUCUUGCUUUCGCAACUACUAGCACCGGUUAUUUUUUGAUUUAUCCCUCCUUUCCGACGAGUUUGUCUCUCCGAAUCCCACGAAAAUGACCGCCGAAAACAUGGAAGUCGAAGUCGCGGCCCCGGCCGAAGAAGUUGUGAAGCAGGAACAGGUGGCGGAGCAGAAGCCGCAAGACGCUGGCGAACCGGUACUUACUGCCAAAAAUUAUCGUAUGUAUCCUUUCCACCAGAUAUUUUUCACCCGCCGGCACAUAAGUCCAUUUGCGACAUAAUUUGAACAUCUCCGCCCGCGUCCGAUAGGUUUGCGUUCUUGCGGCUUUGUGAUCUACUUGAGCUCAGUUUUUCCUUCGCUUGAGCCUCCAUCAACGCCGCUCGGAUUGAAUCGCCUUUCUGCCUCGUCGCACAAAUUCAUGCAGCCCCCCGUCGGACGAAGAGGAAGAUAUAUGUUAAUAAUGUUGAUGAUAAACACAAAAACAAUAAAACAGUCAUAAUUUUUUUUCUCGCUAACCUGGAAAAAUAUUCUUUUGAUUUCUCUUUUCGACACAGGCCUCUUCCGCGGACAGCUCGGCAAACGACGAUGCUAAGCCGUCAACUGGGGCCGAGGACGGCGAAGAGAACAAGAUGGAAGUUGACGCGGAGGAAAACGAGGCAGAGGCUGCGGCCAAGGAGGACAAGGACCAAGACGAAGAUUUUUCGGAGGACAAGCCGGAGACCCUGAUCGCCCCGGGGUCCGUCGUGCUGAACGAGUGGGACCGGACCUUCAACGCGCUCGGCGCGGAGCAGGGCACCACGCUCGCCUCCCUCACCGGCGACGGCUUCAACCAGCUCUACUCGGCCAUGCGCGCAAACAAGGGCUUCUACGAUGGUAUAGUGUAGAUAAGUGGCUAGGAGGUGGCCGCCGGGUUAUUUUCAUGCAGAACCAAAAAAAACCACAACAGAUGAAAUAUCCUAGAAGCCAGAUUGAUAAUUGAUGUGGUCUAGUAGAAGUAUCAGAUUCAAAGCAAUAUACGGGAAUUGCAAUAAUAUACUCUCCUCCGAGAACAAGCCGAAUGUUUGUAGUUGGUUCAUUUCCCACAGCACGGGACAAUAGUAGAUUUGUACUUUCAUCCGUAAUGAAAAAAACAUCUAAAAAUCACCCCCCAGGUCGCUACUACUUCGAGAUCAAGAUGUUGGAUCACCCCCGGUCGGUGCGGGUGGGGUUUUCCACCGUGGAGUGUGACCUGACCAUGGAUACGGCGAAUGCGUUUUGCUUCGAAAGCCACUGCGACGCCUACGUUGCCGGCGAGAGGCAGAAAAACGUGAACCCGAGGUGGACCCGAACCGACGUGGUCGGCUGCCUAUUGAACGUUCCGAAAAAGCAGAUUGUUUUGGUGCUCAACGGAGGAAUCACCCCCACUGGUAUAUUCACCGGCUGAUGUUGUUAGCAUUUAUGUCAGCACCCCAUCUUGUUGUAUUUCUUCGAUGCUCUGAUAGAUUCUUUGUAGUGUAGCACUUCUAUUUUUCGUGUCGUGCUGUUUUCAGGCGAUCUAUUUCUAUUGCUAUUUUUCCUAACCGUCGUACAAUUCCUACCGCAACUCUAUUUGUUGAGGUGCUCUCUGCAUGAUUUUCACGCACGCACAAGCAGCACGCACUGGCAUUGAUUUGCUAGGAGCGCGAUGUUGAAAUUCACCUCGUGCUCCUAUCACUACGACCGUAUACCCGCGGGGAUAGACGAGCGCAUUUAUUCGAAAAUUUUUGUUUUCACGCUUCUGUCUGACACAGGCCACUCCGCCACGAUUCCGGACAGUAUGUUUGACGAGAGCGGCAAGCUGAAAAUGGCUCUGUACCCGACCGUGGUGAGCAAGGGCUGCUCGGUGGAGUGCAACUUCUCCACGGAGGUGUGGAAGCAGCUUCCGUUCGCGGUGCGCACGGUGGGCCGAGCGAAGAUCGCGGACUGCGUGGAGAGCCCGAAGAAGCGACACACUGUGCUGUCAGAAGACGACAAGGGAAGAAGAAUUGUGGAGGUGACUAUCCCCGUUGGCUUCGACGCGUCCAACGUCAUCGAAAAAUUCAAAGCGGAAAGCCCGGACGCAUGGGUACAUAUAUGGGUUGAUGUUUUUGAUACUACUCAUCUCUCCUCCGGGAUGAGUUUGACGAGCUACAAUUCUAGUAACUAUUUACUCCAUAAAUCAUGCAAUUGAGUUCGUAGUUCUAAUAAAUUGAGCGCAUCCAACAUCUCCUCUUCAAGCGCCCCUUUAUACCACCCACGACGUGCGAUGACAGGUUUUGACGCAAGACUUUUUGGCUUCGUGGGCGGAGAAGUCGGGUGCGCAGAAGCGAGCAGGGGGAAACCAGCAGAGCGGGCGGGGCAACCAGAGCCAGCAGGAGAAGUAUGGGUUGAUGUGCCUGGACAACCCGAUGGGGGUGUUCCCGAUGCUGCUCAAGGGAGGCCACAAGUACCUGAUGUCCAUGUUGAACCUGCACAACCUCUUUCCCCAGAUGCGACAGGACGCCUUCGCCAAGCUGCAGCACGCGUUGAACGUACGAAUCAAAGGAUUGGUCAGCGUAGACAGCGUUCUCGCGGUGCUAGAAGGCAAAAAACAGGUGGUGCAGAACGUCCGCGAUCACUACGAGCACGCCGCAUUACCAAACACCGAGAGCGAAGGUAUAAAGUAGAUACGAAUGAAUUUAAUACGCUGACGUUUUUUCGUUGGUCAUACACAAUGUGCGACGAUGAAAAUGAACAUCAAACGGAAGCCAAUCUUCAGGAUAUGCGCAUGCAAUAAGUACCUACUUGCGAAUGCGAACCACAAGUCGUGACCACUCUGCAAUGUCUAUAAGUAGCUCAAUGUACAGGACGUGAUCAUUUGAAUUUAAUGUUGCUCUGCUGGUGUUUCCAAAAACGAAAACCGAAUCCGCACCUACCUUUUCCUUUCAGCCUGGGACACUGUGGAAUACGUCUACGAAGCGGAUCCGAGCAAAACGCAGGAGGAACUGGCCACCCUGGUCAACGAGAAAUUUGUCGCAUGGAAGAAGGACUGCAAGCUCAAGUCAAAGGUAGUUUUUACUCGUACAGCUGCAUACGAUUUGAUUGUUCGCUAUAAUUUUGGCAGGACGACUUCACUGUCGUCACGGUGUGUGGUCGAAGCUAUUGUGAGUGUUUGUUUUCGACGGCCUUGAUUGAUGACGGGUCAUCCGACCCACGCCUGUGCCCACACCUGUGUCGCCCAGCACGCAUUCGGGAGACGUCGAAUACCCCACGCCACGGACUCCCAGCGCCACUUGAAUGAAACGAAUGGUUGUUGUUGAGACGAGGCGGCGAUGGGAUCUCCCUUUUCUAUUUUCAUCGGACGUGGGUGCGGCAAAAAGACGACUGUUUUUCAGCUAGUUGUAUAGGACAAAUACAUAUCGUGGAGGACAAAAAGUCCCUACGAUGCGGAGCUUGCAAUUAGUCUUUAUUUCUGCAACACAGGUUACCGACUUGAAGAAGGGCCCGUAUUACACCAACCAAAUUACUAAGUUCUCGAAGUUGCGACAGAUGCAGCACAAGGCGACCGCAGAGCAGGCCCGAAAAGCGCACGCUGCUACGAAGGAGAAAUUGAAGGCCGAGAAGAAGGCAAAGAAGGAAGCUGCCGCUGCGGCAAAAAAAGAGGAAGAGAAGGGGGACAAGGAGAAAGAGGAAGGUGAGUGGCUUUGAUUUUCCUUUUUUUUCCCCUUCUAAACUCGCCACGGAAACGGAUUGUUGGCGAUGGAUUUUUCCUUCGAUGCAUUUUUCUUCAUACUGCGCUCGUGAACGUCUUGCGGCCUCCUUUGUUUUUUGGCUUUUGAUGGCCAUGAAACGUAUGUCUGCAUGCUCGGGUAAAAGGAAAAACCUGAAAUGCAAUUUGAAAUUCAUCGCGUAAAGGUGCUGCUGAGCCUGCUGCGGAGGAGGCAAAAGAAGAAAGUGUUGAGUCCGAGGAGGAAGAGGAGGUGCUCCCAGCCAUCAUGGAGGAAUUCUCCGAGGAAGACUGGAUGUUGGCGCAACUCCGCUGUGAAAUCCACUCAUGUACUGCUUUACACUAAUUUUAUUUUUUUCCCUCACCGCCGUUGCGUACAAAAUGAGAAUUCGUUUUGUUCUUUGUGCUUGAUAUUUUGGGAAGUUUCUACUUUUGAAGGUGCAGUUGUGCGUCGCACGAAUGUUGAAUACGCAUUAAUAUAAACCAGUGAUCCACGCUUUCCGAAUGGAUGUGAAUGACCCCGAGCGGGUAACUUUCCCGGCGACGCACAUGGCUUACUACUACCACCUGUACUCGGGGAAGCCAUUCUCGCAGACGUUGCAAUCCUUUAACGUACGCACGCUGGAGGAACUCACCAAGCUGAUCCCGGAUGUCUGCGAACACACCAAGGACAUGGACGAUUUCGCCCUGCGCAAGGAGAAGAGCCUCUUGGAAGACUUCGACCUUGUGCUGCCGGCCAGCUCCGAGGCUGACCUCGACGUGCAAAAGUUCAUCGAAGUCACAGAGGAAGCCAGGUACUACUACACGAAUGCUCAAUCCAGCUAGAUAAUAGAAUAAGGUGGAGGACCAUGCAGCAAAAUACGUAAAGUAAGCUAUUGCUAUAACAUCAGAACAAGUACCUAGAAUCAUGUCGUGAGCUUCUGUGUCACCAUGCUGGAGUUUCAUGCGCAUACGUAGUUCGGAUACCAGUUCUUGACCAUGUGGAGCGCGGUCGCGCACAUGGAAUGCAAUUUGUUAAAAUGCAAACGCUUCAACUUCAUAGUUACUACACCAUCACCAUCAUCAGUACGCAAUGUUUCAAAAUACCAAUAAAUCCCUCACCAGGCAAAUGCGCACGGACCGAUUGGAUGCCGGCGACGAGAACGCGGCGCUUAACUUCACCUUCAAGCAACAGAGCCAGAAGCAGGCGGGCAACAACAAAGUCGAUAACUUCAAGCGGCCGAUGCCCAACAGCAACCAGUACAGUGACUACAACGCGAAGCGCAGCCGCAGCACCUACAACCAGGCCGCGUCCGGCGCCAGACGGUAGAGGGGCCAGGGUUUAGGAUGAUUUUCGACAGGAGGAAGAAACUUAUUUAGAUUCAACUAACAAAACAAAGCAAACAAUACACCAUCUUCUUCGACAAGAGCGGAUACACUUAGAUACGAUAAAUCAAACCCAGAUGAAUAAGAUUUCUCUUUUUUGACGAGCCCUUUUUUUCCUUGUCUACUUCUUUACCAGCGGCUCCGAGAACUGUUUGAACCAGCAGCACGUGGUCCAGCGUUGAUGAUGAGACUGACAACAUCACAACGACGUGAGCACGCGGCUUGACGAGAUGAUAUAUUAUUUUGAUGAACGGUAAUCAACAAUGAACGGAUCAUUUUCAUUCUUCGGACAAACGUAAGGCUAGCACUUGCUCAGAAAAUGCACGGCAUGUUUAUUCCGCCCGGAACAAUUACAGCCUUCUCUACAAAUUGUAAUUGUACUACUCCAAUAACGCCGAAUCAUGAUCAUCCGGAAGGAAAUGCAAAUGGAAAUGAACAUGAGCAUCUUCACUCUUCAACAACCCAUUUUUACAGCUUCAGAUCAACUUGAGAAGUCAACAACAAACUGCAGUACCGACGACCUGCGAAAACGUAGACGUACACUUUGACUCAUUCUUUAUCAUUUUCCUCACGCAAGAUAGUUUGUUUCUCUUUUCGUUUUUGAUGCUCCUUUGUUAUGCAACGACGGCUUGUAGAAGUGCAAAAGAUUACUCGAUGAAUGGCACCAUUAGCAGAGCCACAGCAGCACGCAGUGUAAGACCAGCUACAACUUGAACGAACCUGACAAGUUUUAUUUACACUUGAAGAAAUGAAUCAUCGCUGAUGCUGCAAGAUGAAUUACUAGUCAUUUUGAAACUUCAACUUUUCUAGCGACAUUAGAAAACAAAUCGGAUGCGAGCGGAAGACGAGGUCUGUCUUCUUGCCCGUCUCUCCCUACAGAAGCGUGUAGGUUUUCGUUUUUAAGAGUAGUUGUCUCUUCGAAGAAGUUACAGAAGCAGGAGGACUGCCCUACGAGAUGUCCUCCGAAGCUACUUGAGAAUAGCGUUCGUUUCCCGGCGGCACGAAAAACUUCCAAACUAACACAGAGAUGGUGAAGAAGUUCUGUGCUUGUUUUUCUAAUCGAGCAAACAAUUCGAUUCAACAAGCUGCAGGGACACAAAUUCACAGAUUUUCGUCACCCGUCGACCUACUUUUCAAGUGUUGGACAACAAGUCACGCUAAGUCGGGGGGUGACGAAGACGAGGAGCCUUUCCCUGCCGUGUUUCGUUCCUAACCAGGCUGAUGUACCUUUGACUAGAUGACGAUGUGCUGAUGUAGG